AUGAACAGGAGAAUUGAUAUUGAACCUCAUCAAUUUCAAGUUAAGUCCAGUGCUGAAUUGCUCAAACUGUAUAAAGUAAAAGUAGAAGGUGCCAAGAAUAUGAAGAAAAACAAAGAAUCUACUUCAAAGCAAGAGCCAAGGAAAAAUUCUAUGGCUGGAAGUGCAGUCCAAGAAGCUAGAAAUACUCAAAUACAACAUCAAAAGAAAGACCAAAGGAAGCAGCCAUUGACCACUACAAGUGCAAUUCAAGAAGGUGCCAAAAAUAUGAAGAAAAACAAAGAAUCUACUUCAAAUCAAGAGCCAAGGAAAAAUUCUACGGCUGGAAGUGAAGUCCAAGAAGCUAGAAAUACUCAAAUACAACAUCAAAAGAAAGACCAAAGGAAGCAGCCAUUGACCACUACAAGUGCAAUUCAAGAAGGUGCCAAAAAUAUGAAGAAAAACAAAGAAUCUACUUCAAAUCAAGAGCCAAGGAAAAAUUCUACUGUUGCAAGUGUAGUCCAAGAAGCUAGAAAUACUCAAAUACAACAUCAAAAGAAAGACCAAAGCAAGCAACCAUUAAGCACUACAAGUGCAGUUCAAGAAGUUAGAAUGCAGCAAGAAAAGUUAGAAGUAAGAUCUACUUUGAUGCAACAUGGAAAGCAAGAACAGAGGAAGAAGCUAUUAGCCAUUGGAAGUGCAGUCCAAGUAGGAAGAUCUACUCAAACACACCACAAAAAGCAAGACCAGAUGAGGCAAUCCUUAGCCACUCGAAGUGAAGUCGAAGUUGGAGGAUCUACUUACAUUCCAAGUCAAAAAGACCUUGAUAACCAUGCAUUUUUAGUCCAACCUGAAUCAUCUAAGAAGAUUGAUGACCAAAUUGACAGAUUUUGUCCAAAUAAUUUGAAGAGACAACUGAGAAAUACAAUAGGAGAUCAUGGUCAAGGAUCUACGGAAGAACAACCAGCCUCUAAGAAGCCAAAGGCUACUUCAAAGUGUCCUGCUAUAUCACUUGAAAAAUAUAUUAAUAACCAUAGGGAUCAACUUGAAGAAGAGGAAUUAGAAGAUGAAGAGAGUGAAGAAAAUGACAUAGAACAAGCAGUUGAAGGGGAUAUCAACUUUGAAAAUGAAGAAGAUGAGGAUACUAAUGACAAUACAACCGAAGUUCAUGAACGAUCAAUAAAUGAUAGACAAGAAAUCAUCUUGAAUAAAGAAGGAGAACCCAUUGGACUAAACCAGAAGACAGUUUCUCAACUUAGUAGUUUCUUGGGAACAAUAGCAAGAAGUGCAGAUUUGUGUCCGCUUAUUUACACAAAUUGGAAAGUUAUACCAAACAAACAACACAUAUGGAAUUAUAUCAAUCAAAAAUACAUCAUUCCAGAAAAAGGGGAGAAGGAUGUGUAUGGUAUUAUAAAUGAUGCUUGGAGGCGAUAUAAAUGUUGGAUUAAGAAAAAUCAUUUCACCGAGUAUACAACCAUGCGCGAGCGGUUGAAAAAUCGUCCUCAAGACAUACCAGAAGCACACUUUAGAGUGUUGAUGGAUUAUUGGAGACUUGAAACCAUUCAAGAAAUAAGUGAUCAAAAUGCUAAAAAUAUUGCUCAACAAAAAUGGAGACACCGUGCAGGGCCUAUAAGUUUUGCUUGUAUAAAGGAGAGAUUGAGUGCAAGCAAGGAGGAUAAAGAGUCUCCAACUCAAGCUGAAAUGUUCAUUGAAACUCGACAGAGUAAGAAAGGAAAACAACUAGAUCAAGAAACAAAUAAUGCAAUUACAAAACUUCAAGACUUGAUUGAAAAUUCUAGUGUACCUUCUACUGAGGCUUUUAAGACUGUAUUUGGCAAAGAGAAGCCAGCGAGAGUGCGAUGCUAUGGAAGAACUACAACACCUACACUCUUAAAAAGAAAUGAAGAAAUAGCAGAAAUUGAGAAAAGGCAUGCUAAUGAAGUCAAACAUUUAACUGAUAAGGUGCACGAGAUAGAAACAAAACAUGAAGAGAUGGAGGUGAAACAUAGUAAAGAGAUGGUGGCAAUGGAGCAAAAAUUUCAACUUCUUCUAAGGACCAUGUUAAAUCAAAAUGACUCAGGAAUAGACAUGGAGUCUUUGGCAGCUUUGUUAUCUCCAUGUGAUGCUAAUAGUGGUCUACGUUCAUCCACAUCUACUCAUGCUCCAAAUAAUCCCAAGGAUCCUAAUAUGGAUGGUGAUCAUAUGGAUGAAGAUCAAAUGUUGGACAUAGAAGCGGAAGAAGAUGAUGCUAUAUAG